CAUGAUUUUGUUGUCUAAAUGAAAACUAUCUUACUAUGCCAGACUAUGGUGUAAAUUUAUCGACGAUUUUCAAUUUUACACGAUAAAGAGCCUGAUAGAUCAGAAUGGAGGUCUUAGGGCAGCGCCAUGAGUUAGUGGAACCUUCACAAUUAACCCGGUGGAAUUUCACCAAAUUACUGGGACAGCCAAAAGAAUAUGAUCCCAUGGAAGAAAGAUCACCAUUUCCUUGGAGAAACGAUUUAAAUGCAAAAAUUGUUCUAUGGAAUGGAAAUAUUACCACAUUAAAUGUCCAUGCAAUCACACAUGCCACCAAUGAACAUAUGAAUGAUCGUAACCUUAUGAGUGAAGAGCUGUUUAAACAAGGUGGACCUGGUCUUGUUAAGGAAGUCAGGGAAGAUCUGCGAGUUUGUAAAACAGGAGAAGCCAAACUUUCAAAAGGUCAUAAUCUUCCAGCUCGGUAUGUCAUCCAUUCUGUUGGUCCCCGCUACAACCUAAAGUAUGUGACAGCAGCGGAGAGUGCAUUGUUUAGUUGUUAUCGCACAAUUUUACAAAUUUGCAAAGAGGCUGAAAUCCGUACAUUAGGUCUUGGAGCCAUUCACUCAGCACGGAGAAACUAUCCCCCAGAUAAAGGAGCUCAUAUAGCUAUUAGAACUGUUAGACGUUUCUUAGAAAAAUUUCCAGAAUCAUUUGACCUUAUUAUAUUUGUAUGUAGUCAUCAAGAAAUAUUUGAUAUUUAUUCCAAAAUCCUUCCUUUAUACUUCCCUCGUGAUUCUAGUGAAGAGGAGUAUGCCUUUGAUAACUUGCCCAGUGACAUUGGUAAUGGAGAUGGAGAGCCUGUGAUUAAAGAGAGACAAAUCCGAAUCAUUGAUAAACCAACAUUUGCUGCUUUAAGGGCAGGCAACGAGGACUUUGAACAAACUAUUGACCUCAACAAAGAGUUUGCACAGUCCAUGGAAGCAGAUGUUGGACACCAUCCCUUUGCAACCAUGGAAGAAAAUCCCGAUAAGGUCAAGGCCAGUAGAAUGCUUAGAACAAAUACUGAGGAAAUUAGGAAACUAGAAGCCAAGAAAAGGUAUGAAAUAUUGCUCAGGAGAGCCAAGACAGAAGACCUGACAGAGAUAGCUGCCUUGCAUUGUAUAUUCCGUACAGGUGUUGACAGACUUGGUCGUCCUAUUGUGGUGGUGGUUGGCAAAAAUUAUCCAGCGCACAUGGCAGAUCCAGAAAAGACGUUACUGUACAUGAUUAGAAUAAUGGACCCUGUAGUCGAGACAGAUUAUGUUAUUGUUUACUUUCACACACUCACCUCAGGCAAAAAUCAACCAGCCAUGGCUUACUUGAAGAUGGUCUACAGUCUACUAGAUUACAGAUAUAGAAAAAAUUUAAAACAUUUCUACAUUGUCCAUCCAACAUGGUGGUCAAAGCUGGCAGUCUGGUUCUUCACCACCUUCACUGCAUCUGACAUCAAACACAAAGUGCAUAACCUAAAAGGUGUGCAGUACCUGUACACAAAGAUGAACCCGGACCAGAUAGAUGUACCACCAUUUGUACAGGAGUAUGACAUCAAGGUCAACGGCCCAAGAUAUGUUGUACAGGAUGAUCAUGAUGGUCUUUAAAUAAAUGCAGUCAUAAGGACUGGACAAUUUUAGACCCUGUUGCUGACCUGUUUCUAUUUUGCCAUUUCAAGUCUGAUGGAAUCAACGAAUUUAUUGGAAUAGAAAGUUGUUUUGUGAUAUUUAUUUUCUUUGUACAUUCAUCAAUGAAAAACUGACUUUAAGAAAUUUCAAUGCCUUCACUUUGAACACUUUUUGUUUUAGUUUUUUAAAAUUUCAGUUGAACUUUUUCAGCCAUUUCUUCAAAACAAUUUUAUUCAAACAGUACUUUGUCUUUAAAAGUCAAACAGUUUUUGUGAUGGGAAUGAUUAUAACCUCCUCUAGAUGCUGGCAUUUUCUAUAAAAGUUCUGUUCAUUUCUAAGUAUCUUCUGUUUAAAGAAAAGUUUAACCCCAAAACAAUUUCAUGUUUAUUUUCAUUUUAAAAAACAUUUCAGUGUGAGUCCAGUUUAUUAAGAAUGAGAUGGAAGAGACUCAUUGAGGUCUUUGUAUUGAUUGUUUAAAGUGUAAUUGUCAAUGCCGUCAUACACAACGCUUGUUGCUUAAUGUCCAUUACAACAAUGGAAGCAUGAAGCUAAAAAAAAUCGUAUGCAUCACCACACUGAAUGGCUGCCUGGUUGUGUGAUAUGCAUUCUGGACUGUCAUUUCGAUAGUCUCAGGUUUGAACUCUGGCUGCUGUCCUUCCUUCCCGUCACCUUGUGAAGGUUUAGACUUGGAUGUAAUCAUCUUCAAAUCUGGAGGAACAUCCAAAAUAUGUACAAAUAAAUCUUCUAGAUUUUAGGUCUGCUUUUAUUCUGGUUUAUGAAAGUAGAUCUAUGUCUAUAUUGUCAAAGUAAUUUUUUUAAAUAUAAAAUAGAAAACUGUUCAUACAAAAGAAGGAAAUUAUUUAUAUUUUUUAUUAGCAGAAGUGAGAUACAAGGCUAUUGGUAAUUUCUUUUAUCUGAAAAACAUGACCAGGAAAUUCAGUGAUGGUUAAAAUUCUUUUAAAAAAUGUUAUGUUGAUUUCAACAUUUUCAUUUUGUUUGUAAAUUUUCUGUUUUGGCAGAUAAUGGAUAGUUUCAUUCCCUCUGUGGAGCGGUGUAUUAGAAGUAUCGCAUUUUCUUCAAGAGUUGACUUGAAAGUACUGUUGUACUUUAGGUCCAUACAAAACACAUAAUAAGGAUAGGUGGUAAUGAUUUAUAUAAUUUUCAAUGUUGUAUUGAAAAAUUUUAAAAUUUAGCUGUCAUGUUUUUUUAGAAUUAAAAUUGCUGACCCACUAGCAUGAUUUGUCAAAAUUUUCCAACUUGAUUAGUCAAAAAAAAAAUUAAAUAUAUAUUUGAUUUAAAUAUAGUGUAACUGCACCUCAUUCUCUCUCUUUUUUUUUUCCCAUAGCCUAUUGUAGCAAACAAGCUUUUCAGCAUAUUUUUAAAACAAAUUUGUGCCCUUCCAAUGAUAACAUUUCUUUGGUUAUUAGCUUAGAAGCUUAGCCUAAUAACUUUUUCAGGCAUCAUGGAAUUUGCCUUUGUACUAGAUCUAGGAUCUUGUCAGAUAUUAAAGCUGUCAAUCUUGUGUCACAGAGGCAGCCUUAGAAGUGUGAAGGGCCCUGGAGGAUUGUCAUAUCAGGGCCACAAAUGUUUGUACAAUGGGCUUACAUUCAGGACCAGAUCUAGACUUGAAAAGGUUCUAAGCCAUUUGAGAUAUGGGGCCCUUUACAUGUCCAUAUAUUUGUUACAUUUGGUUUUCAAAUAUUUAUAAGGUUUAAGUGAUACACAUCAACAAAUAUAUAGAUAGUGAAAUAAAACAUCUUUAAAAGAAAUUAUACAAACAUCAGUAAACUGCUGCUCUACCUACAAGAUUCAGAGAAUGACCAGCACAUGAUAUAUCUCUAGCUUACUUGUAUAGUAAUUGUAUUGCCAGUGCUGCUAUUUUUUAUUUAUCUGUUUUGCUAGUUGGCAGUUGAUUGUUGAGCCAUGUUUUCUUGUAAGAUAUCUUACAGAAGCUGUUCUACACUCUUCAAUAAUAUUUUUUGCUUACCUUUGUAUCUAGACCUAUUGGCAGAGAUAUCAUAUGACGUAUACUUUGACUUUGCACUCAUUUGUAGAUAGUUGUGCAUCAUCUUAGUCAUAUUUCCCUUGUGUGGCUACCCAUAUGUAGGAAAGUUAAGGAGCUCAGCAUCUGGUGAAACAUAUCUCUCAAUGACAGUGUGCUGAUGAAAAUGGGGCCAAUCUGGAGUGGAAUCGAGAAAUAAACUAAAUUACCCUGCAGUUCUUAAAUCAUCCAUGAUUGAGUCUUUUACUUCAUGUGCCAUAAUUUGGAUAAAUUCAUUGCAGAUUGUUCUUUUAGAAACACAAGAUAUGAUCCCAGACUCUUUAUUCUCAAAUUUUUUUUUUUUCAUAUGGCUUGCUAGAAAAGGAUCAAAUUUUGAUACACAUUUGAGUCAUCCAAGGUAGUUUCCAUUGUGAGAAGAAUCAAAUGUUUCUUUAUCUAUCCUAAAAGGUUAACCGCGCUCUGCCAUAGUAAUUGUAUUGCCACAAUUCAUUCAAGAACAUUUAGCCAGUGCUGCUAUUUUUUAUUUAUCUAUUUUGCUAGUUGGCAGUUGAUUGUUGAGCCAUGUUUUCUUGUAAGAUACCUUACAGAAGCUGUUCUACAGUCUACAUUGCUUCGAAUUAUAUAAGUGUUGUGCCCAUCACAAAAUCCAUCAGGUGAUAUUUUUGUAGAAGUUGAAAAAGAGUUUAGCCGUGAAACAUUAAGCACCACCAGUUGCUGGCAUAUUAAGUAACCAUUUUCUGCAAUAUAUUUCUUCAUUAGUUCAUUUGGGAUAGAACAAAAUCUUAGAGCAUUGACUUUGUCUUGGUUUGCAAAAAAAUUAUUUUUUAUCAGCCAGUUGAUUACUGACAUUCUGACAGACCUUUUUCUACCCAGUGUAAAAUCUCAUUUUAAGUUUAUCCCAUGACUGACCCUGUCUGGGUGUUGGGUUCAUCAUGCUCCUUAUCUUUGUUAAAAAAAUGUUCUCAUUUUGUUAACAUGUGAAGCUUUUCUUCAGCUCUCCUUUGUUGUCCUUUUUUGGGCUCUAUUUUUAUAACUUCCAGUUGGCAUCUUGCUAUAACUUCCAGUUGAC